UUUUUUUUUUUUGAAGGGGUCCAUGGGGGAAGAAUAGACUACUUCCCCGCUCUGCAUGAAACUGCAAUCGCCAUUUUCUGAUUUGAAGUAUCUGAUAGGGACGGUCGUGAAAUGGCAUCCAAGCCAGUGGGAGUGGCCAUCGUGUGUCUGAAAUAAACACUUUUUAUAUUUGAUGUUGCCAUCCACAGAUUGCUGCGUUGCACAUGUGACUGGAAUGUAUCAUUUUGGUUUGUGAUUAGUUAGUUUUUUUUUUUUUUGGAUCGUAUUUUGAUAUUUAUUGUCUUUUUUUCUUUUUCGCCGCGCCAGUCACAGCUACUUAUCCAAGCAACAAAACACAUGGAAAAUAGAAUUUUCCGACCAUUAAAAUGCAACACAACGAAAGGAUGGGAACAUGUUUAGAAUGUUGUCUAUGGGACGGGUCCAGACAUACUUCUUGUUGACGUUGAUAAGGUGGGAGAAAUCAGGGCGUCCUCGCCUAUAGUGUCAUUGUCAUUUUGGUGAAACCUUCCUGUUUUUAUCAACCGUGUCAAUAAAGUCGAGGCCUCAUCUGUCUCUAUUUACAUGUUAUUAGAACCAACUAGGAAAAAGCAUUACAAAUGCUGUAUAGAAAAGAUAAUGCUAAAUCUAUCUGUCUUUUUUUUUUUCCUUUUUUAAAUGUAAAUCCCUACACGUGGCUCUGCCAGUGACUGGAACAAGACACAUCACGGUAUAUAACGUGAAACUUUUUUUUUCUCGUGUGGCAGCAAUACCUUUUCCAUAAAUAAUCAUUAUUUAUUGUACAUAAUCAUUAUUUAUUGUACCUGAAAAGCAAUUGUUAUACGUGUUGAAUUUAACUCUUAAAAGUCUCAUUAGCUCUCAUUGAUCAAGUGUCCCUAAUGUGCUGUCUGGGGAAAAAGCCUGCGUUUCCACAUACUUUACAAUGGGGGGCGCUGUUGGCUCAUUUGUUAGUGCGGUUGCCAAGUUACCUAGUUAGAGAGGCGCUUACUCGCCUGCAUUUGUUUUUUUCCGCUUUUUAAGUGAAAUUCUCCGAGGGGAAAUGUCCGAAACGGAGUCCGAGUGCAAAAGUCCGAAGGCUAAGGGUGUUUUCUCUACCUUAAUGGCGGAUGGAGACUGGUUGCUGCUCAAGGGGGAGUAUGAGAAAGCAGUGGAGAGAUUCAGUACGGCUCUGACACUAAAACCCGAGGACAAAUACUGCUUCGUGGGCCGCUCCAAGUGCUACCUAAUGAUGGGUCAGUAUGAAAAAGCCCUGGGGGACGCCGAAGCUUCACUUCAAGAAGACCAUUCCUUUUUUGAGGGGUUGUACCAGAAGGCCGAGGCUUUGUACUGCUUGGGGGAAUUUGAAUUUGCGCUAGUGUUUUACCACCAAGGGCUGAAGCUGCGCCCACAAGUCCAUGAGUUCAAGGUGGGCAUCCAGAAAGCUCAGGAGGCCAUUGAGAACGCCGUCACCGUCCCUGCCGCCAUCAAACAGAAGCUUAAAGCAGAACUCCAGCAAAAAGAUGCAGAGGUAGUCACACAUCAAUUUGUCAUCCCUCUACAUAUUACGAUGAUCAACACAACCAAUCUCACACAACAGAUGGCAAAAGCCAAGAAACCACACGCCUCCAAGUCAGAAAAGAAGAGCAAGAAAUACCUGGGGGAGUUUUACGAGGACAGGAGAUAUCUGGAGAACCUGUUAAAGGAUGAAGACUUGGGGAAAGGGAAGACGAGGAACGGUGAGCAACUGCAUGAUGUCAUCCAGGGUUGCCUCACAUACUUGGACGGCUGCGCUGACUUCUGGAACCAGCAGAAGCCCCCGCGCCAUCCACCCAAAGACCCUCAAAGACAACGAAGCAAGUGGGGCAAAAUGCCCAUCCAUCCCUCCUCAAAACCUGCAAACUUUACAGUAAAGAGCAUGUAGGACAAUAACGCUUAUGAUUUGAUUCGAUUUUUAUUCAUCUCAAACAAGCACAAUAUUAAAAAUAGUGUAAAUUCAAGAUCCAUAAAAAACAUAAAUAAAAUGAAGCCAUGAAGAUUAAAAGAAGGUUCCAACUCUUAUUGUAAAAAAAACAAAAAAAAAAACCUUAAAAGCAAUACUUAGAAAAAAAUGUGCAAUUCUGAAAGUAACUGUCUGGAUCUUAAUAGCUGAACAAUUGUAAUAUUUUUACGGCAAAUAGUUUGGUGUUUUGUGGCAAAAUCUAAAUGUUUCAUGGCAAACUAUAUUGUAUUUUUUUUCAUGGUUUAUGUUGUGUCAUGUGGCCAUUUUUUCAUCUAAAAUUACAGUAGAAAUGCUUCUGUUCUAUUUCUAUGGGUGCUUAAUAAUAUGCCCUCGUUUGUGGUGAAAGGAUGAUGUUCUUCAGUCGCGAUUCGCUCGAGGGGUAACAAUGCACAUUGGAACACAAAGACUUUCAGCCCACAUCCUUUCAUUCCACACAGACUGCUUCACUUGAACACACUCAAAGCUUAAACAUACCUAUUUGUAAAAUAUCCACUAUUUACAGAAAGUGUGCUGCAAAGCAUGCUAGAAAGUACGUGGCUUCACCAUCGCUACAGUAUUAUUAAUAAUGUAUCAUUGCCAUUGCUAUAAUUAUUAACAUGUUAUUCAUUUUAAUAUUUCUAUUAAAUUACGUCAAUUAAAACAAAAAAAAAAUCUGAAAAAAAGCUUCAAUCCUCGACAGUUUCAUUUUACCCCCAUUU